AUGGAACUUAUCCCCAAUCUUCCCGAUGACGUUGCUCGCGAGUGUCUCCUACGCGCCUCCUACAAACAGUUCCCUGUGAUCGCCUCCGUUUGCAGAGGCUGGAACCGCCAAGUAUCGCUCUCCGAGUUUUUCCAGCAGCGGAAAGCUUCAGGACAUAGCCAAGAGCUUCUUAUCCUGUCACAGGCCCGGGUCAACCCCGACAGAGAAUCCGGAUCCGAAAAGAAUUUCGCCACGCCGGAAUACCGAGUCGCUGUUCUUGAAUCCGACGUGGGUCUCUGGACUGAGCUUCCUCUGUUUCCGGGUCAAUCAAACGGACUUCCUCUCUUCUGUAGUUUGGUUUCUGUCGGGUCCGAUCUUAUUGUCUUGGGUGGGCUUGACCCGGUUACGUGGCAGGCCUCUGACUCCGUCUUCGUAUUCAGUUUCCUCACCUCCAAAUGGCGCGUGGGGGCAAACAUGCCAGGUGUAAAGAGAUCCUUCUUUGGAUGCGUUUCGGAUUCUGAUCGGACGGUGUUGGUUGCGGGCGGACAUGAUGAAGAGAAACGUGCGCUGACAUCAGCAAUCGUGUAUGAUGUGGCAGAAGACAAGUGGACGUUUUUGCCGGAUAUGGCGCGAGAACGAGACGAGUGCAAAGCGAUAUUCCAUGCUGGCAGAUUCCACGUCAUCGGUGGAUACACCACGGAGGAACAAGGUCAGUUCUGUAAAAACGUUGAAUCGUUUGAUACGUCCACGUGGAUGUGGGGUCCAGUGACGGAGGACUUCAUGGACACCGGCGAUGCCACUAGCCCUCCUAUCUACGCCGCCGGUGAAAACGGAGUUUUCUAUUCGUGCUGCCGCGGAGACGUGAUGGUUAUGAGAAAGGACACAUGGCAGAAAGUGGGACAGAUCCCUAGCGAUGUGUACAACGUGUCUUACGUGGCGGUUAAACCGGGGAAGCUGAUUGUGAUCGGCAACGGCAAGGCUUUGGCUGGUUACGGUGAAGCGACGGUAGGGUACGUUUGUGAUUUAAGUAAUUCUCAGUGGGUAAAAUUGGAAACACAAGUUGGUCACGUUCAAGCUGGUUGCUUCUUGGAGGUGUAA